AUGAGUGAAAAAAAGGCCAUAGGACAGGGCAAGGUAUUUCCACCGCAGUUGCCCAGCUCCGACGGCUAUGCCGUUGAAUUCGAUGGACCUGACGAUCCUACACACCCUUACAACUGGAAACUAUCUCUCAACGCUGUUUUUGCGCCCGGGACUGAUAACGCGAGUAAAGAAUUCGGCGUCAGCUCAGAAGUUGGAGCACUUGCAACUUCGUUAUACGUCCUCGGAUUUGCAUGUGGUCCGAUGAUAUGGGCACCUGCCUCCGAGCUAAGAGGAAGGAAAUGGCCGUUAACCAUCGCCAUGCUGGGUGGUAGCAUUUUCACCAUCGGCUCAGCCGUUGCCAAGGAUAUUCAGACACUAAUCAUUUGUCGAUUCUUUGCCGGGAUGUGCGCAGCAAGCCAACUCACUGUUGUCCCCGGUGUGCUUGCAGAUGUCUUCGAUAAUACCUAUCGGGGCGUGGCAAUCUCAGUAUAUGCGCUGACGGUGUUCGUUGGGCCGUUCACAGCACCUUUCAUCGGCGGGUUUAUUACAUCCAGCUACCUGGGGUGGAGAUGGACUCUUUAUCUUCCGGCUAUUUUGAGCUUUGUGAAUGGGGUCAUAUCAGUCGUAUUUUUGAGAGAGACAUAUGCGCCUUGUCUGCUCAUCGCUAAGGCGGUGGCCAUUCGUCGCCAAACGGGGAACUGGGGAAUUCAUGCGAAGCAGGAAAAGAUCGAAAUUGAUUUCAUGCAGCUUAUGGAGAAGUACUUCACACGACCGCUGAGAAUGCUGAUUACAGAACCUAUUAUUCUGCUUGUUUCGAUGUACAUGUCUUUCAUCUAUGGCUUGGUUUAUGCUCUUCUUGAGGCAUAUCCCUACGUCUUCCAACAUGUCCAUGGCAUGGCUUUAGGAGUUGAAGGACUGCCAUUUAUUGGCUUGAUUAUCGGACAGGUGCUAGCAUGUACAUUUAUUGUCUCCCAACAUAAGAAUUACGCACGGAAGCUUGCUGAGAACAAAAAUGUACCGGUACCUGAAUGGCGCCUGUCGCCUACCAUCUUGGGAGCACCUGUCUUUACGAUUGGCAUAUUUUGGUUUGGCUGGACAGGCUUCACACCUGCAAUUCACUGGGCUGCCCCAACAGCGGCAGGAAUAUUCAUCGGAUUCGGCGUGCUAUGUGUUUUUCUUCCGUGUUUCAACUACCUUGUUGAUUCAUAUCUCCCACUGGCAGCGUCUACUGUUGCUGCGAACAUAAUAUUACGUUCGUCGAUCGCUGCAGGCUUUCCACUAUUCACUAAGCAAAUGUUCGAAAACAUGGGCAUCCAGUGGGCAUGCACUUUACUUGCAUGCUUAGCCGCAAUAAUGAUUCCGAUUCCGAUUGCCUUCAGGGCAUAUGGCCCACAGCUCAGAGCCAAAAGCAAGCUUUUCAAAUAA